AUGGUCCAGCUCGGUACGAUCAACAGGAUCAUCAAGGCUUACGCGUUGGUCGGCUUUUGUGUGGCUGCGUACGCACUUCAUGUGGAAAUCUCACUGGAAAAUGAUCCGGAUUUCGAGCCACUGUGUGACCUCAGGGAAUACGUCAAAUGUUCUCCAGCGUUUAUUUCACCAUACGCCAAAGGUUUUGGGAUCGUCGGAUAUAUAUUCGGCGAAGAUUCCGCUUUCAACGUGCCCAAUGGACUCACCGGAAUGUUAUUCUACACCCUGUCAUUCGCGUUGAGUUGUUCGGACAGUGAUAAACUCUUGAACAUCCACUACUACCUGGCGAUCGCGUCCAACGUGUCCACAUUUUACUUGGCUUUCGUAUUGGUGUUCGUCGUUCAGGAACUGUGUUUGGUUUGCUUGACCACGUACUUCAUAAAUGCUAUAAGCCUGCUGUGUAUAUCGUCCAAACGGCGGAAAUUGUUGUCGCUAUCCGUGCACCUGCACAAACCCUGCAAAGGCGAUUAA